AAGUUGAUAAAUUGAAAUUGAACAUGCGUAAUUAACCUCUGAAUACCGGGGGAGGGGGGAGGAACCUACAACAAAACUCUUGGUUUAUGAACAUGCGCAUUCGUUCUCCGUAGCUUUUUUUGGUAUUGAAAGGGAGCAUGCGCAUAAUGACGGGCUUGGCCCUCGGAAGUUUGAACAGGACCGAAACGGCUGGUUCUGGGUUACUCACUUUUUUGAAGGAGGCCUAGUUUGCAUCUCAGCAUGUCAAUAGUAACAGUGCAACUUGGUCAGUGUGGCAAUCAAAUUGGUUUUGAAGUAUUUGAUGCUCUAUAUAGUGACUCACACUGUCCCCAGGGACUCUGCUCUAAAAGAGAGAAUGAGGUAUAUCAAGCAUCUUGCAAAGAAAGAUUCUUCAGUGAAGAGGAAAAUGGAGUUCCCAUUGCCCGGGCUGUACUUGUUGAUAUGGAACCUAAAGUUAUCAAUCAAACACUAUCAAAGGCUGCCCAGUCUGGCCGAUGGAAAUAUGGCCAGCAUUCGUGCUUCUGUCAGAAACAAGGUUCUGGAAACAACUGGGCAUAUGGUUACUCUGUUCAUGGACCCAGGCAUGAAGAAUCUAUAAUGAACCUAAUCCAGAAGGAAGUGGAAAAAUGUGACUGUUUGAGUGGUUUUUUCAUCAUAAUGAGUAUGGCUGGGGGCACGGGAUCAGGUCUAGGAGCCUUCGUUACACAGAAUUUACAAGAUCACUACUCAAACUCUUUGAAAAUGAAUCAGAUUAUAUGGCCUUAUGGAACCGGUGAGGUUAUUGUUCAGAACUACAACUCCAUUUUGACUCUUUCUCACUUGUACCAAUCUUCAGACGCCCUCCUCGUUCAUGAAAAUGAUGCUGUUCAUAAGAUCUGUGCAAAACUGAUGAACAUCAAGCAAAUCUCCUUUAGCGAUAUAAACCAAGUCCUUGCACAUCAGCUGGGAAGCGUGUUCCAACCUACUUAUUCUAUGGAAGGCUCAUAUCACUACAGAAGAAAUCCAUUAGGAGAGUUAAUGGAGAAUUUAGUCCCCCAUCCUGAAUUCAAGAUGCUGGGUAUUCGUAACAUUCCUCAGAUGUCUGAGAACUCACUGGCUUACAGUACGUUUACUUGGGCUGGCCUCCUCAAGCACCUGAGACAGAUGCUCAUUUCUAAUUCGAAAAUGGAAGAAGGUAUUGAUUGGCAGGUUCGGCCUCCUUUAUCAGGACUUCCUACUCUUGGUAAAGUGUCUCUCAACAGGGAGCUUCAUUUUAACACUUCCAUUGCUAACUUGGUCAUCCUUCGUGGGAAAGAUGUGCAUAGUGCAGAUCUGGGAGGAUUUAAAGAUCCAGCACUCUAUACUUCUUGGUUAGCGCCUGUUAAUGCUUUCAAUGUGUGGAAAACCCAGCGAGCAUUUAGCAAAUAUGAGAAGUCUGCAGCAUUGGUCAGCAAUAGCCAGUUCUUACUAAAACCACUUGAUACAAUUGUGGGCAAAGCAUGGAAUAUGUUUGCUUCAAAAGCCUACAUUCAUCAGUACACAAAAUUUGGAAUUGAAGAAGAGGACUUUCUGGACAGUUUCACAUUGUUGGAACAAGUUGUUGCCAGUUACUGCAAUCUCUGAUCGCCAACAAAGGAGAAAAAGUACCCUAGGUCAUUUUGGGGCUAAACAAUUUUCAGUAUUACUUUUUCUGUAAGGUGUUCAGAUCCCUACCUGUUAAAGUAACAAAGGUGAAUGCUCUUUCCUUUGGCAUACCAUAACCACAGAAAAGGAGGAAAACUUUUUUUUUUUAUUUUUUUUUAACGUUUAUUUAUUAUUGAGAGAUACAGACAGAGUAUGAGCAUGGGAGGGGCAGAGAGAGAGGGAGACACAGAAUCCGAAGCAGGUUCCAGGCUCUGAGCUGUCAGCACAGAGCCCAAUGUGGGGCUCGAACUCACAAACCGCAAAAUCACAACCUGAGCCGAAGUCAGAUGCUUAACUGGCUGAGCCACCCAGGCGCCCCAGGAGGAAAACCUUUGUUUCAUUUUAUUUUAUUUUAAUUUUUUAAAAUUUACAUCCAAAUUAGCAUAUAGUGCAACAAUGAUUUCAGGAAUAGAUUCCUUAGUGCCCCUUACCUAUUUAGCCCAUUCCCCCUUCCACAAUCCCUCCAGUAACCCUCAGUUUGUUCUCCAUAUUUAUGAGUCUCUUAUGUUCUGUACCCCUCCCUGUUUUUAUAUUAUUUUUGUUUCCCUUCCUUUAUGUUCAUCUGUUUUGUCUCUUAAAGUCCUCAUAUGAGUGAAGUCAUAGGAUUUUUGUCUUUCUCUGACUAAUUUCACUUAACAUAAUACCCUCCAGUUCCAUCCACAUAGUUGCAAAUGGCAAGAUUUCAUUCUUUUUCAUUGCUGAGUAAUACUCCAUUGUAUAGAUAUACCACAUCUUUAUCCAUUCAUCCAUCGAUGGACAUUUAGGCUGGUUCCAUACUUUGGCUAUUGUUGAUAGUGCUGCUAUAAACACGGGGGUGCAUGUGUCCCUUCAAAACACCACACCUGUAUCCCAUGGAUAAAUGCCUAGUAGUGCAAUUGCUGGGUCAUAGGGUAGUUCUAUUUUUAGUUUUUUGAGGAACCUCCAUACUGUUUACAAGAGUGGCUGCACCAGCUUGCAUUCCCAAGGAAAACCUUUAUACUAUAUGUUACCUUAGAUUAUAAUAAAAGAUAAAAAAGAAAAGGAGGAAAACCUUUUUUUUAAGUUUAUUUUAUUUAUUUUGAGAGAGAGUGUUGUGUGUGAGCAAGGGGGGUGGGGGCAGAGAGAGAGGGGGAAGGAGAGAAAAUUCCAAGCAGGCUCAACGUUGUCAGCACAGAGCCCAUACAGGGCUUGAACUCACAAACUGUGAAAUCAUGACCUGAGCCAAAACCAAGAGUUGGACCUUAACCGACUGAGCUACCCAGGUACUCCUGGAGGGAAACCUCUUAAAUGGGAAUAGCAUGUCUUUGAGGUGCCUGGCUGGCUCAGUCAGAAGAGCCUGUGACUCUUAAUCUGGGGGUUAUGAGUCCGAGUCCCAUGCUGGAUGUAGAGAUUACUUAAAUAAACAAACAAAC